GUAGUAUUGAGUACAAGUUUGCUACUUGUGUGGACAAAGCCAGAGAGUAUAUUGACUGUGCGGAUAGCAGUGGGGUGGUUGACUUCAUCUCAAUUUCUGAUCUGUUGACACCAACAUCUUCUGAGAAACAACUCGGAACUCUGGAAGACCAAGUUGGACUGGUAUCUUGAUAUUUGGGGAUUGCAUUUCUUUUGUUUUCAACAGUGUUUUCAUUUGCAAGGGCAGUACAUGUGUAUUGCAGGGAAACCAUUGAACGUUUCUUUUGUGGGAGUGCAUCCAUUCAUAGAGUUGGUUUUUAUGGUUUUUAGAUUCUCGCUCGAGGCCUACAACUGUAAAUAGUACACCUUUUGCACGUUGUGGUGAGUACAUUGUACAUGUAGAACAUUUAUGCAGUAAACUGGAUUUAUAUAUGAACUCACAGUGGAAGAUUUGUUUUGUUUUUCAUGGACUUUUACCCGACUUUCUUAUGCUGCACCGAUGGACUUUUUCAAGUUAAAGCGUUAAUAUAUAAAGGACAGACUGGCAUGACGUGAUCUCCACACCCCAGCCUAUCACAAUGGUGUGAUUCAUCCUCCACUUACGACCCAAUCAAACCAAGGCAUUUCACCGAGAGACAAGAUGGCACGAAGGAUUGUUUUCCAAGCGACUCUCUUGCUCCUGAUAGUGUGGUGUGGUCUGAGUUUGGCCCAGGUCUCUGGUCCCGAGCCCACGGCGGAAGGAGAAGCAACCGGUGAACCUGGUCCUCAUCCUGAAAACGAACCGGAGCCAGAACCCGAGGGAGAAGGUGAGCCAGAACCAGAGGGUGAGAGUGAACCGACCGCGCAACCAGACUCGCCGUUUGCAGAACCGGUACCAGCAUGGGACGUUGCCCUACCACUCUACAAGUGGGCAUGGCCAUUUCACAUCUACCUGCUUGGAGUCCUCUUUGCUCUCCUAGCCGUCUACUCCCUCGGAAGUAUCAUCAAGCUUCGAGAGCGACGGCUGCUCAGCCAUGGCUACUUCAUCGCCCUGAACCUGUUGAUGCUGCUCAUGGGUGUCAUCAGGGCAGUGUACCUGCUUGUUGAUGCCUACAACUUCAAGGGUAUCUGGCCCAACGUCGUAGCAUACCUGUUCCUAGGUACAGGGUUCCCCUGCCUCACCUCAGCAUUUAGUAUUCUUUUCAUGGCCCUGCUGCAAUCGACAAAAACUCGCCUAGUACCCCCAUCCAUUCAGAAGCCCAAGUACCUGGCAGUGGUCAUCAUAUCUCAUUUCGCCUUUGCUUUCAUAGCCGAUGUGGUGGUAGGACUCUUUGCUUCUGCAGCAGCGUUGCUCCUGGCUUGCCAAGUAGCGUUUGUUGUCUGGGGUGUUUUCCUGACAGUUAGUUACCUGGUCAUAUUCCGUCGUCUCUACAGGUCAUCCGUGAGGAAGUUCAGGGAGAUAAGCCGGCUGAGCGUGAGGACUUCGUCCAUCAUCCUGCCAGGAGAGAGACCGUUGAUCAAGCCUAGAAACAACUGGGGUAGUGCAAUAAGAAUAACAUUGGUAACUGCUUUUCUGGGUCUCCUCAUUGCAGUCCUGCAGGUGUACGGCAUGCUGGUGGUGUAUGGGCCUGUUGGUGGCCAAAAGCAGAUCCCUGACCCAUGGCCUUGGUGGGGAUACCAAUUCACUUUCCGUGUCCUGGAGUUCUUGAUGUGCGCCCUGAUGAGUUACGUUGCAACGCAACCAUUCCGUUACACCAAGGAUGGUAAGGAGAAGCCUUGCGUGUGCCUUCCUUGCUGGCAUGUAAUCCUUGAGGCAUGUGGUAGGAGAGAGAAAGAGGUUCUCCAAACAGAAGAAGAACUUAAUUCACAUGUCUGGAGCAGUGCCUUUGAGCCAUGCCUCCCCAAGAAGCCUACAAUGUACAGUGGGUUAGCCGCAAAAGAAGCAUCAGCAUACUCCCAAAACACAAAUGUCAACAAUGCAUCUGUGAAUAUAAACCUGGAACAAAGGGGAGGCACCGACAAAGACUUGCAGCUCGACAAGAGCAUGAACUUGAACGGGAUGAAGAAAGCGAAGAGCACUGAAGCCAUUGGUUCGGAGCUGAACAACAGGACAAAGUCACCUCCAAUAAGUGGAGCCCCUUUCUUUGAAACAAACAAUUCUCAGGUGGUGAGGAAUGAGCUUCAGGCUCCGAUCCAGCGAGGGGACAAGGUGACUAACUGUCGCUCAAUGCCCAUCCAACCCUCGGCGGAUGGUGAGUGGGCGGGACUGGAGAAGACACCGAGCCAUCAUUCUGUGUCUGAUGUCAUCCAUACAGACAAACCAGUGGAUGUAUCCGUCUGCAGCAGUCCUGCGGAUAUUAGCGUGGAUGUCACUGAAGAAACACCUCUCAAUCCAGCUCAGUAAGAUACCUUUGCAGAAAUCCUGUCUUGUGGUUGCAGAUUUCAUUCACAUUUUUGGUCUGUGAAGAAUUCGAGGUUGAUAGGGGAAACACGUGAAGUAUGAUUUCUGCUAAAAGCUACUGCUAAACAUGGUUUAGUGUAUUUGUGAAGUACCUAUUAAAGAUAGUGAUUAUGCGCCAAGAUGGCUUGGUAAAUGCUUUGUACAGUGUAAAUAAUGCCUUUGAGGUUGUCUAUAAUUACUUCAUGUUUAUCGGUAUUUAUAUGUAUUAAAUCAUUUGUAACAUUUGUACAUUUAAAAAAAAUCAUAGUAAAUAUGGUCAUUUAGCCUUCAUUGCCAUUUGAACACAUUUUCAUGGAAUUCUAUUUCAGUGAAAUUGUGUGAAUAUUCUUUUUUUAAAUGCAAGAUAUUCCAGGGACUGUCUGUUAAUAUACCAAGCAAAAACAAUUCUGAAAAUAUGUGCCAUACUUUUCGGCAAUAACUCCUAUUAUAUGGUUCACUUGGCCACCCAAUCCGACAGGGUUCUAUGAUAGUGUGGAGACACAGACCCUAAUUUGUGUUUUAAUCAAGAAGUGGGUCUUGAAAGAAACCACUCGCUCAAAUUGUAAUUUGUUCUGAAGAAGCUAGAAUGGACCAUUCCCAUUCUGGUUCUGUAAUCAGAACAUUCAGAUCGCUUGUCAACAAGCUCAACUUUUUAUACCUUUGUUAAUAAAAGUUGAUUUAUUUACCUCAGAGUUUUGUGAGACAAUUUUUGUGUAUGAUAAGCAUCAAUUAUUGUUGUUAAGUUAUGGUUAACAACUGAAGACUACUACCAUAAACUCCUCUCUGAUAAUAUGACCUGUAUUGUGCCUUUUGAUUUAAAUUCCGUGCUGGAUAUUUUCUAACCAUUAUGAGAAGGAUGGAUUUGUGUUAAAAGGAACACAAAUUGGAAAAUUAUUUAACUUAUUGAUAGCCCCAUAGAGCUUUAAUUGAAUAUAUAUUAUAGCUGAUCUGAUAUGAAGUGAAUAUUUUUACAUGUAAAUAAGUUUUUGAGAUAUACAUGGGCAUCAGGUAUAACUUGAUUGGUUAUUUCAAUUUUUUCCCAGAUUUACUGGAAGUCAGGGUGAUUUAUAAUAAUGGAAAUCAUGUAUUUUGAUCAUGGUGCUUUCUUUACAAUCCUCCAUCAAUUUUAUUGAUUUUAUCAAUUUCAUCAAAGAACAUAAAGAUAAUUAGAAUUUAACCAAUAGAUUUCAAAUGAACCUUGAAUGAUAUUCUCCUAUUUUUCCCCCAAAAUUAAAUUUUUUCCUGCCCGCUAAAUUUUAUUUGGUAUAAGGCAAAGUUUAUUGAGCCACAUUUUAUUCUCAGGAAUGCUGGCAUUCUGCUUCAGAUCUCGGUCAUGUGGUUAACCUUCAUCCAAUCAGAUGCAAUGAUUUCAGUAGAUUAUCACAGUUUUGGUCAGUGUUGUGCUUUGGACCAGAAAGCCGAGGCCAAGGACAAGACCAGGGUCAAUACAAGGUACAUAUGUGUAAACUCACAAAGACAGAGACUCAGAUUAUGCUGGUCACUUUCCUUUCAAAAAUAGUCGUAGACCCCGUGCCCAUCUACGUUUGUAAACUAGUCUAGAAGAAACCAGAUUAACGUGUAAAUGGGAACGUUCAAAGUGGUUUUGGAAGCGAUCUUCCAAACAGGUUUGGAAAACCAUCUUGCAAUAUAGUUUUCAAGACUGCUUUGCCUCGUUAAACUGGCUUAAGGUGAGGACACAGCUGUUCUUCAGAAAGCAGUCUUUGCACCGUGUGUGCAUGUUUAGCGUGCUAUACUCGGUGUGGAAUGUCUACGCUGCUAUUCCCAAUUUUAUGCAAAACAUGUAACUGCAAUGAGAGCUUUUCCAUAUAGCAACAAGACCACUUUAUGUGAAGUGGUUUUGAAAACCAGUUCAGGAGUUUUCAAUGAGGAUGCCAGCCAAGCAAUCUUCUAAACUCGUUUAAGGGAAACCAGUUCAAGAAAUUGUACUGAGAAUGGGGUCGUAUUGUCAUUCUGAUAUCCUGUAGUGUAUCACGAUACGAAAAUUAUUCUGGUAAGCAUAACUCACAGUGGGUUGUACUUUUGAAAUCCUUGCAAUAGCUUCAGAUACAUGUAAAAAGAUUACAUAUUAAAAGUUUUAAUUGUACAUUUUGCCAACAUUAAUUGUGCAUUUCCCAUCUGUGUUUAUGUUAAUAAUAGCAUUUAAUUAGCUGCUUCAACUUCUUCAUUUACUUGCCAACUUUUGGACAAAUUGUCCAUUGGGAAAGAUGCAAAUAGAAAACUUGUUAUUCAUUUUAAGUGAGUAAUUAAAAGUCCCAAAUGCAGUAGUUUAAAACAAGUUUAUGUGUAUGACAAGCUUUAACAAAAGUGAAUAGCAUGUUGUGUUUGCAUUUUGUGCGUGUUUUCAUUUCUUGGUGAAAAGCAAUGUUGUGUGUUGAAUUCUUGAUGUGUAAAUAUUUUGUUUUGGCACUUUUGCUUUGUCAAAUUGCAUAGUGCUUUUCUGUCAUUUAGAGUGAAGCAGGCAACUUCAUUACCUGUGUAUUGUAGAAAUGUCUUCGGUAAUAUUCAUUUGUAGUAUUUUGUACAGAAAUUGAAUGUACACUGUACACAGGCACCAUAAAUUGAGCAAAGCUUAUGGGAAUAGAAAGAAACAGUACUGUGCUUGUGAUCCUAUACUGUUAUAGAUUAAACAUAAUGCUGCCAGGAAUCAUCUGAACGCACAGUUUAUAGCUUGUCCAAAUAUAUUUAAUAUAGUUAUAAGAAAACGUUGGCCCACUUUGUAGAUGUGCCUGGAAAACUGAGGUAUCUCAUCCAGCACAAUCAACAUAUCAACAGAUAGCAAUUAGGUAACUUGAUUACACAUUAGAAAUAUUAGUCAUGUAAACAUUGAAUAUUAAAAGCUUGUAAAGAUAUCAGUUAAAAAACAACACAAAAGAAUACAACCAGUCCUUUCCAGGACUAUCACUUAGUGACAUCGCAGUCCCUGCUGUUAAACUGUAAAUGUAUAUCUCUAAUGUUCUUUAGAUGCAAUGAGAGUUUACAAUUACUGUAAACCAGGCUUUUUACCGAAUGUUGGACUAGCCAUUACUAUUUCGCCUCAAGGAAAAAUAGUCAUAAUGCCAAUCCAUUCGAGGAUAUUCCCUCUAUACUUUCUAUAGAAACGCCUGGUAUGUUUGUUUUAUAUGACUUCUUUAAAGGUUAAAGAUAGUCAUAGUUGCAGCAAACAAUUAUUUCAUGAGAAAGUCUUUUAAAUCAAGGUUAAUUGUCAAAAUGUUAUCAUACAUCUAGAUCUGGUACAUUAAUGUAAAUAUAUCUUUGUAAAAUCAUGAAAUCUUAGCUUGAAAAUUGAUAAUUCUGAUGAUCACUAACACAGAAAAGAAAAGCAUAUGUGGGACUUCGAAGAAUACCCGACAUUUGAUGGAAUUCCAUGCUUAUUUUGCUCAUUUCUCAGCAAUUAUGCAUUUUCUUCCAGAGCUAUGUGGCACAUAAUUUUUAUUUAUUCAUACAAACUCUUUGGUGGUAAUUUCAUUGGAUUCUGUUCAAACUCAUUUUGAGAUCAUUGCGAUAACUGACAUUUAUCUUUAAGUGUGAAUGACAGAUCUAGACCUAGUUGAUCCAUCUCUACCCUGGCCCAAGAUCAAGAGCUGUGCCGAUUGACCUACUUCUCUUGUCAACCCCCGUGUCGCAUCAAAAGAGCUGACCGGUAGAGACAAAUGGCCUUUCGGUGUGUUCAAGAGAUUUCAUGGUCUGUUAAUCCAAUGAUUGAGUAGUGUAUUAUUCCAUCAUUGUUAUCACAGCCAAGCAAAUGUUCCUCAUUUCGUUUUCAGCACCAUUCACAUCAUAGCUUGAUUUUGAUUGGUCACAUGAUGUCAUUUGAACCAAUCACAAUACAGGGUUUAAUUCAUGUAGGAUAUAUAAAAUAUAUUCUUCUAUGCAAUGUAAUAUCUUAGAGCUUUAUAACAAAAAAAAGAUGGUGGUUAAAUGGUAUUGUGUUUAUGGUGAUGGUCUCUUUAUUAAUAAUUAUUUUAAGAGAUUUAGAGGUAAAAGGCAGCUGGCUGCAUGCAGAGCAAAAUACUUUUUGUUACUUAUUCUUCUACAGUUGAAAAUAAAAAGAGGGUAAAAUAUUGGUCAACAACUUCAAAAUACAGUAAACAAAUCACUGUAAAAAAUAUGCUAUUUUACUGUCCAGACUAGUUUUUAGUUAUUCACCACAAAUUCCCUUCAAGGUGCAUCUAUUUUAUUAUAAGAUUUUUUUUCUUCUAAUUUAUAGCACUUGCAUUAUUAUUAUGUACUUGAAUCAAGAUGAACCAUAAAAUUGAUUUUACCAGUGAUGAAAAUAGUACCAUUGUUUAUCAAGUACCAAUGCUAGUUACUAAUACCAAAGUAGUAGUACUGAAGUACGUGGUGAGCAUUUCAUGAAAGGUCUUGUUGGAUAUUUUCUCUGACAGAGACUCUUUGAUCCCAUAGUUACCAAAGAAAUGGUCAGACACGUUUGCUUCUCAGCCAGUCAAAAGCAAGGAAAGUUCUCAUGUCUGAAGAGCUGUUGAAAUUACACCACCAGUGUUCACAGAAAACCACACCAAUCAUUUUACACCAGCGCUAAAUCCAUGGUGUUGGUCAACACAUAUAACAAACUGUUAUUUCAACAAUAUUUGGGGUUUUAUGUUCAAGCUCCAUGUAUGGUGUAUCUCUCUGCCUUCGGAGAGGGUGUUGUCCUCUUGGAACACUGAAUAUCAUCUUUCUGAACUCUGUAUUUUUUUUUACAGUGUAUGUUUUCUGGGUAUUGUACAUUAGAAUCACCUCUCAUUUUAGUUGUGCAGCUUUAUUUAAGAAAUUAUUUUGAAUAUGAAUUGUGUUGGGUGAACAAUAUCAUUCAGGAAAGAGAACAGGAAAAUGAAAUUACUGAUUUGACGUCUUUCUUUGUGCUUCACAGGGGACCUGGUCGCAUAGGCCUACAUGUUAGCAUCCUCCCUGGUCUUAACUCCUACAUUUGUGAUCAAUUAUAAACACUUCUUCGUCACUCAUUCACUAGAUAGGAAUUGGUCAUUAGGAAUAUUGAGGAGGGGGGGGGGGGGGUAUGAAAUAGUACUUUAUAGGAACUAAAAAUUUCAGUUUGUACUUCUCAUUGCUAAGGAAAUGAUUUUUUUUAAAUCUAUGUAUAUAAAGUACUAUAUAUGUGUUUAUUGUGUUUGCAAAGACUUGUACAAUGUGUGAAACACUUGGUUUCGCAGUAGUGCACGGUUCAUUGAUAUGCAUGCAUUUAGUAAGAUUGUUUUGAAGUGUAGCCAGCUUUUUAUAUCUUGCCAUCAUUAAUUGAUUGCUGUAUUUAGUAUUCAUGUAAGUGUGGGGGGGGGUGCUCAAAAGUACUACGAUGUCGUAUUAAACAUAUAUAUGUGGAAAAAAUAGGAACUUGGCUCAGAAUGAGAUGGGGAGAGCAAUGUCAGUGUACAAUUUUUCCGGUCUAGCGCCAGCUAUCGUCUGUUGCAUUACAUUCAGUCUUGCGCUUUUUAUUGCUUCGCGAAAGGCUCUCCUUGCAUUGUUCUUUGUAUGUAUUUUCUAUACGGUAAAAUCUUCAGCGGUUAUUGGGUAUGGUUUGAAUAUUGUAUUUCGACUUUCAGUCAUUCUAUAAAUGUGGAAUAAAAUGCACAAAAUCAUUGAGAAAUUUACUAUAUAUAAAAAAAAUUGUGUGUAUUCGUUGGUUUUAUAUCCAGAUGCUAAAUUGAGGUUUGAUUUUAGUAACCUUGUCUCUCGUCACCAUUCUCCCACUUUCUCUGUGAUCUCUCUCUCUCCCCUCCCUUUUUUUACCACUCUCCUUGCUUUUCAAUGUAUUUUACAAAAGCUAAUUAAAUAUUUCUUGUAGGAUAAACGGUAUUAUUCAUUACAAAGAAACAACCUAUAUUUAUAGAACUUUUGAUUAACCAUGGAAUGAAUAAAUAUGUAUAUUUGGAGUGAUUUUAUCGUAAAUAAAAUGUAUUUUGGAUGACAACCCCAAAA